AACGUCACAUGAAACCAGAAAGUGCUUCCCGGAAAGUUCUUCGUCGAUACGGACUGAACUAAACACGAUAAAAGUUCGAUAAAACUUUGAAAGAUAAAAGUUAAAAUGAGACCUGGACCAAGUUUGGGUUCAGUAUGUUCAUCUUCCCCUUUUUAGUACUUAUGGGGAUAGUACUGGCUGUAAACAACGAUCAACCUGAUGUGUUCGUGUCUGCGAGGAACUCCACGGUUCAGACCAAAAUUGUUUAUAUGUGUCAGACCAGAGGCUUCAACACAUCAGACAUCAUCCUGAACAUCAAGAAGAUUCGCUGUGUUCAGACUGAAGAGGACGGAGUGGAGACUGAAGGAGUUCAACAAUUUAGAAACAACAUCUACCAGAGAACAGACCAUGUGAUCAUUUUAAGGUCUGAAGUGUCUAAUUACAGCUGUGAAGUCGUUCAUGCUGCAUCCAGGUUUCGUGUUGAGAAGGUUUGGGAUCCUGACUCUAAUGGAAAAGGACGGAUCAUUUCAUCUAAGUUCAUAAACACAAAUCAACCUGAGGUGGUUGCGUUUGCGGGGAACGCCACAACUGAGACCAUCGUCUUCUCGUGUCUGGCCUCAGGCUUUUACCCAAACAACAUCAUCAUGAUUAUGAAGAGGAACGGCCGUAGUCUAACCAAAGAGGACGAAGUGAUGAGUUCAGGAGUUUGUUCAAAUGAAGACGAUGUCUUCAAGAGAAGAGACUCUGUGGAGAUUAAAACAUCAGACACGUCCGUGUAUAGCUGUGAAGUCAUUCAUGCUGCAUCUCGUUUAAAAGUUAAGAAGUUUUGGGAUCAACCUCAGGUGGAGAUGUUUUCACAUAUCGUCAGUGUUGGUGCAGAGAUCGGUCAUCACAGGAUGUUAACAUGCAGAGUCAGAAGCAUCAACACAAAAGACAUCAUCCUGAACAUCAAGAAGAAUCACUGUGUUCAGACUGAAGAGGACGGAGUGAAGACUUCAGGAGUUAAACCAUAUGGUGACAUCUACCGGAGAAGAGACAAUGUGACCGUUCCUAAGUCUGAAGUGUCUCAUUACAGCUGUGAAGUCAUUCAUGCUUCAUCCAGUUUUCAUGUUGAGAACGUUUGGGAUCCUGACUCUGUUGGAAGAGGACAGAUCAUUUCACCUGAGUUUAUAGACACAAAUCAACGUGCUCUACUCGUGAAGAUGUUUGCAGAGAACUGUAAAGUUCAGUCCAACAUCAUUUUGACGUGUCUGGUCUCAGGCUUCUACCCAAACAACAUCAUCCUGAAUAUGAAGAGGAACGGCCGUAAUCUAACCAGAGAUGACGGAGUGAAGAGUUCAGGAGUUUGUUCAAAUGAAGGCCACACCUUCCAGAGAAGAGACUCUGUGGAGAUUAAAAGAUCAGACACGUCUGAUUACAGCUGUGAAGUCAUCCGUGCAUCUGGUAUGAAAGUGGAGAAAUCCUGGGAUCGUCAGCUUCCUGAUGACUCUGGUGGAGCUGGACACUACAUUGGUAUCAUCACUGUUGCAGUGCUCUUCUUUAUUGUGCUGGUGCUGGUGCUGGUGGGUUGGUUCAAAAGACCCAUCCUUGGAACUGCUCGCAGAUGCGUAGAAUUCUUCAUGUCAGAGUCUAAAUCGUCUGUGACCAACAGUCUUGCCUCUCUUUCUGGAACCUCUGCUUCUAAUGUCUCUAACAGUGACACCAACGCAGAGUCUGAGAGUCUGAAUCCAUCAUCAUCAGGUCCAUCCAUCAGUGAGCAGGAGACUGAGGAAGAGGAAUUUAAAUGAAAACUAAAGUAUUUUGUCGUUUUUCUUGAAAACUCAUGUAUCAACACUAAUCAGAGAUUUUCACAGAAGUGUUUAACUGAGUAAAAAUCUGGAGAAAUAUUCUCCACUGGUGCUACUUCACAGGGAACCAGUGGAUCCAGAAAGAGACGGGACAAAUAUUUAGAAACAUUUGGCCUCAAUGAAACAUAAAUACUGGAUGGAUUUUGACCAAACACUGUUACAGAAAUCUAAAUGUUCUUUAAUGAACAUCUGUUUUUAAGCAGCAUAUUUUUCCAUAUUGAGAAGGACUUUGUUUAUUGUUGAAAUGUUGAAUUUCAGAUCACUGUUUUUUUUUUUUUUUUUUUCAUUUAAUGUUAGUCAAAAUAUAGCCAAAAGUAUUCUCUGACCUGCCUUUACACACAUAUGAACGUAAGUGACGUCCCAUUCUUAAUCUCUAGGAUUUAAUAUGACGUCUCCGCCUCUUUUGGGAAGACUUUCAGGUUCAGGAGUGAGUUGAUGGGAGUUUUUGAACCAUUCUUCCAUUACUGAUGUUGGAGGAAAAGGCCUGGCUCACAGUCUUCAUCUAAUUCAUCCUAAAGAGGGUUCUAUGUGUUCUAUGGGGGUCAGGACUCUGUGAGGCCAGUCCAGUUCGUCCUCAUCCAGGUCUUUAUGGGCCUUGCUUUGUGCUCUGGUGCUCAGUCACGUUGGAACAGGAAGGGGGUCGUCCCCAAACUGGUCCAGAUCCAGCAUGGAAUAUUGGUGCUGAAGCAUUCAGAGUUCCUUUGACUGGAACUAAGGGUCCAAGUCCAGCUCCUGAACAACCAGCCCCCACUAAGUAAAAUGAAUGAGAUGCUUGAGGGUUCUCUCUAAAAGGAGAAACACUUUUUCUUAUAUUUUUAUGUUUGAAUUUACAUGAACAUUGUAAAAUAAAUAUUUGUCCAAAACUGA